UUUGCCUUUGAACCUCUCUGUCAUUUUCGGCAUGUAUUGCUUUGUGUUUUGGCCACCUGAGGCCUGAGCUUUCUCCGUUUCUAUUUAAAGAACAAGGACCCAAGCUGGCUGUUGUCUGUAGCUUCUCACCAUCAACCCCUAAAAGGCUAAAACCUUUCUCCUUCUUUCUUAGAUAUCUUCCCUUCAUCUGCCUCAACCUGACCAGAGAAGCUCCCUCCCCUACAAAACUACCUGCAAGUAGUCUUUAUUAAUUGUUUAACAUGGCAAGACUACUAAAGAGCCCUCUUCUUUCAGUACUCCUCUUCUUACUGUCAUCAACCGAUGCAGAUAUCAAUGUUGCAGACUUUGGGGCCAAGGGAGAUGGGAAGACAGAUGCAAGUGAGGCUUUUCUCGCAGCAUGGGCGGCCGCCUGCAGCUCUUCAAAGCCAGCAACUAUAUACGUACCACCCAAGAAGUAUUUCCUUCGUCCAGUGGUCUUCCGUGGGCCGUGUAACAAUUCUGGGAUUACAUUUCGAAUGGAUGCCAUCCUGGUCGCUCCGGAUUAUAAGGAGAUGCCAUCUUCUGAGAACUGGCUCAUGUUCGAUGAUGUCGAUGGGGUGUCUGUUCUCGGAGGGUAUCUGGAUGGACGAGGCUCAAGCUUGUGGAAGUGCAAAAGUGUAUCGAAGAAUUGUCCUGGUGCUGCAACGUCACUUGGUUUCUACAGCUCGAAAAAUAUAGCUGUCCAGAAAUUGACAUCGAUCAACUCCAAACUAGGCCAUAUUGUUGUCCAUACAUGUCAGAAUGUAGUAUUACAGAAAGUUCUGAUUCAUGCCGCAGACCAGAGCCCGCAUACAGAUGGCAUACAUGUGCAGAAUUCGAUUAAUAUCAGCGUAUUCAACACAGGCAUCAAGACCGGUGAUGACUGUAUCUCCAUUGGUCCUGGAACAACGAACUUGCAGGUUCAAGGUGUUGCUUGCGGGCCUGGACAUGGCAUAAGCAUUGGGAGCUUGGCUAAAGACCUGGAAGAAGAAGGUGUGCAAAACGUGGUGGUGCAGAGAGUGGUGUUCACAGGAACUCAAAAUGGUCUAAGGAUCAAAUCUUGGGGUAGACCCAGUAAUGGGUUUGUGAGAGGCGUGGUGUACAAGCACGUUGUGAUGAAAAAUGUCAAAAACCCAAUUGUUAUCGAUCAAAAUUACUGCCCACGUAAUGAGAAUUGUCCUUACCAGGACUCUGGAGUGCAAAUAAGUGGAAUCUCGUAUAGAGACAUUAAAGGAACAUCAGCUACUAAAGUUGCUGUGAAGUUCGAUUGCAGUCCAACUGCUCCAUGCAAAGAUAUCGGCUUACAAGAUAUAAAUCUCACUUACCAGAGUAAACCAGCACAGUCCUCCUGUCAGAAUGCACGUGGAGUAGCUCAUGGUGUGAUCGUCCCACCAAGCUGUUUAAUACAAUAAUUGUUAUUUCAAACGUAACAGCAGAAAUUACUUAUCUUUUUAAUUGAUUGUUUGUUUCUCCUUGUAAAUCAGGACAAAAUAAUUUUUUUUUUGGGUAGAAAUCAGGACAAAAUAUUAGAUCAUGUACAUUUGUUACUGUAAAGCAAAGAAAAAUGUUCAACAAUUGUAUAUAAUUUAUAUAAACCCAUGUCUGAGAGAAUAAAAGCCUGUGUUGUAAAAAGAUAUCCUGUUCUCCUAUAUUUUCCCCAAUAUUUAAGUG